AUCCUGUUGCCUUCCGGUUACAAGCAACAAUAUAUAUUCUUCCCCAAACAUUUCUUUGGGAAACUGAGAGAGAGAGAGAGAGAGAGAGAGAGAGAGAGAGAGAGAGAGAGAGAGAGAGAGAGAGAGAGAUUUGGCAUCUGAUCGUCGCAGCGCCACAAGCAGCUCCUGUUGUCCUCUCGGAUCAAGAGCCAGCGAUGCCAAGCGUAAUGAAGGAUCUGUACCCCAACGGAAUGGUCGUGCGCCUCCGCAGCAAAAACAACAAGUACCUCUUCGCCGGAGAAGACAAAAUAUCCGUAACCCUAGUCGAGAGCGACUCUUCCGAAAACGUCCGGUGGACCGUCGAAUUCUCUUACGAAUCAGAUGACAUAUUCCGUCUCAAGAGCUGCUACGGCAGGUACCUCACCCCCUCCAACCAGCCCUUCCUCCUCGGCUUGACCGGACGCAAAGUCCUCCAGAUGGCCAGCCGCCUCGACUCGUCGGUGGAGUGGGAGUUGGUAGAGGAAGGUAAGGAUUGGGUGAAGCUCAUAACGCGGGACGGGAGCUUUUUGCGGGCCAAUGGCGGCCUUCCACCAUGGAAGGAUACAGUCACCCAUGAUGUUCCUUGGGCAUUCCAGGAUUUGGUCCUUUGGGAUGUUCAACCGGUUGAGAUUGGUGAUAUUUGCGUGAUAUUAUAGAUAUAAGCGCCUAAGUAGGAUGAAUUAGCGCGUUAGAGGCGCGUUUUAUCUCAUGUUCCAUUUGAUACCGUGUUUUGUCUUGUUUUGAAAUUUUUGUUAAGUUUCGCAUGAAUAAGGUGGAUUUCACGCCAAGAUUGGAUUGCGAGGCCUUGAAGCCGGUAGUUGGAGAGUUCGAUACAAAAAGCGCAAAGUCGAAAUAUUAAACGGUGUUCGAAGUUGUUUCGUUUGGAUUCAAUCAAGUAGAGUGUCAGAAUUGCAAGUCGAAAGUUCGGCAUAGAACUUAAUUAAUCUACAAUUGGAGAUCUUUGUCUUCAAUGGGCCUCAUAAGUAUUUGUUAUUGUGAGACCAAGGAGGGCCCAUGUUUCAACAAUUGGCUUACACGGCUGGAAAUUUAAAAGAAGGAAAAUAAGGGUUUUCAUGAGGUCGGUCGGCUACGGGUGAUAUAGAUAUAUGUAAUCCCCACGAAUGCAUAGUGAGGGGAGGGAACGUUGGCUGCCGUGGGAAAUAAAGGAAGAACGGGGCUUCUUUUCUUUCCCUUUCAAGUAUUUUUAUGCUUUGUUCAAUUACUCACACUUCAGUAAUUCGUUUUUAAUUUUUGUUCUUUAUCAAAGUUAUUCGUUGGUUCUUAUUUAAUUUAGAUAUUUUGUUUA